UCCCCACCCCCAGGGCUUCCUAAAGAGGGCCACGAGCUGCGAAAGCGCGGGAAAGGCGGUUGGACAAGGAGAGGCGAGCGGUUACUCACUCCAUGGCUGCGGCAGGAAGAGGCAGCGGUGGCCUCGGCUGAAGAAAGAAGGUUGCAGACACCGACGGAUUUGCUUUCGGAGCUGGAGUAGCUGCCGCCAUCAGAGUCUGGAGCCAUGAGCGGGUUUAAUUUUGGAGGCACUGGGGCCCCUACAGGCGGGUUCACGUUUGGCACUGCGAAGACGGCAACCACCACACCUGCCACAGGGUUUUCUUUCUCCACCUCUGGCACCGGAGGGUUUAAUUUUGGGGCUCCCUCCCAAGCAGCCGCAAGUACCCCUUCCACCAGCCUUUUCUCACUUGCCACGCAGACUCCGGCCACACAGACGCCGGGCUUUAGUUUUGGAACAGCAACUCCUGCUUCCGGGGGAACUGGGUUUUCUUUGGGGACCGGUGCUUCAAAGCUAAACCUGAGCAAUGCAGCUGCCACCCCAGCCAUGGCAAACCCCAGCGGCUUUGGGCUGGGCAGCAGCAGCCUCACUAAUGCCAUGCCGAGCACCGCCACCUCCAGCCAGGGCACAGCACCCACUGGCUUUGUGUUUGGCCCCCCCACCACCUCAGUGGCUCCAGCCACCACAUCGGGAGGGUUCUUGUUCACUGGUGGAAGCACGGCCCAAACCUCUGGUUUCAACAUUGGCUCAGCGGGGAAUUCAGCCCAGCCCACGGCACCUGCCGGGUUGUCCUUCACUCCGGCCACGCCAGCAGCCACCACAGCAGGCGCCACUCAGCCAGCUGCGCCCACACCAAUGGCCACCACCACCAGUGCUGGGCCCACCCUCUUUGCCUCAAUAGCAACCGCUCCAACCUCGUCCGCCACCACCGGCCUCUCCCUCUGUACCCCUGCAACCACAGCAGGAGCCCCUGCCACUGGGACACUGGGCUUCAGCUUAAAAGCACCCGGAGCAACUUCCGGCACCUCCACAACAACAUCCACUGCUGCCAUCACCACCACCAGUAGCACCAGCAGCAGCAGCAGCACCGGCAGCACCAGCUUUGCCUUGAAUUUAAAACCACUGGCGCCAGCCGGGAUCCCCAGCAAUACGGCAGCCGCCGUGACUGCUCCACCUGGCCCUGGUGCAGCCGCAGGGGUGGCCGCCACCUCCGCCAUGACCUACGCACAGCUAGAGAGCCUGAUCAACAAAUGGAGCCUGGAGCUGGAGGACCAAGAGCGGCACUUCCUCCAGCAGGCCACCCAGGUCAACGCCUGGGACCGCACACUGAUCGAGAACGGGGAGAAGAUCACCACCCUGCACCGAGAAGUGGAGAAGGUGAAGCUGGACCAGAAGAGGCUGGACCAGGAGCUCGACUUCAUCCUGUCCCAGCAGAAGGAGCUGGAAGACCUGCUGAGCCCACUGGAGGAGCUGGUCAAGGAGCAGAGCGGGACCAUCUACCUGCAGCACGCGGAUGAGGAGCGCGAGAAGACCUACAAGCUGGCCGAGAACAUCGAUGCGCAGCUGAAGCGCAUGGCCCAGGACCUCAAGGACAUCAUCGAGCACCUGAACACGUCCGGGGCCCCCGCCGACACCAGCGACCCGCUGCAGCAGAUCUGCAAGAUCCUCAACGCACACAUGGACUCGCUGCAGUGGAUCGACCAGAACUCCGCCCUGCUGCAGAGGAAGGUGGAGGAGGUGACCAAGGUGUGCGAGGGCCGGCGCAAGGAGCAGGAGCGCAGCUUCCGCAUCACCUUUGACUGAGCCACCGCGGGUCCCCAGGGAGUCCCACGGGGGGGUGUGCCCUGUGGUCUGGUGUGGGGUUACAGCAGCAUACUUGUUUCUUGCUUUCCUUCGCGUGACUGUGCCCUGGAGACAGCUGCUCUGUGCUUUGACUUUCCCCAUUUAGGGAGUGUUCUGAGCCCUCUGCCCGGGCAGCAGCCUCAUGGGUGUGGCUUCUGUGGCUUUCAUUUCAGUGGCUUUGGCCCCUUUUUACCCACAGCAAACACCCAUCUCAUCCUGCCUCAGUCAGAUGCUGGAGAAGGGCUGACAGUCUUGGUCCCAGCCAGGGUCGGGUGGGCAACUGCUCCAUCCAAAGCAUAGUCACAGGUGCCGUGAAAAACACCAAGCGUAAGAGAACCUCCGAGGCUGGGCGCGGUGGCUCAUGCCUGUAAUUCCAGCACCUCGGGAGGCUGAGGCAGGCGGAUCACAUGAGGUCAGAAGUUUGAGGUCCAGCCUGGCCAACAUGGUAAAACCUGUCUCUACUAAAAAUACAAAAACUAGCCGCGAGUGGUGGCGUGCGUCUGUGAUCCCAGCUACUGGAGAGGAUGAGGCAGGAGAAUCGCUUGAACCCAGGAGGUGUCAUUUGAGCCGAGAUUGCGCCACUGCACUCCAGCCUGGGUGACAGUGAGACUCCAUCUCAAAAAAAAAGAACCUCCCGGGAAACAGUAGCCUAGUUUUGGAGUAUAAGAUGGGGGUUCCUGAAAGCCGACCACCAAGUCAAAGCACAGUGUGAAUAGAACAGACAGUGGGAUAGAGAAUUUCACAGAAGACAGGUCAGCUGAGGGGCCUGCACACAGGGUGUUGAGGAACCACACACGGGAGCCGAGAGGCCUGCCUUGUGCCUGGCCCAGGCUUACCCCACCUCUGGCCUCACCUCCUCCGGGAAGCCAUCCCAGCUACCCAAAGCUCAGUCCGUUGGCCUUGCAGGUCCCCAUAGCACCCUGAGCCUGCACCUUGGUGGCACUUUCUACGCUGUCCCUUGCUAGCUGUUUGCGCCUCUGUCUCACUGUUAGAUUCUGAGCUCCCACGGGCAGAGACCCACUUGUUCCUGUGCGUCCCCAGCCCAGUCCCUGUCACAUUUGUUAAAUGAAAGAACAAUGAAUCCCAACAUAACGCCAGUCCACAGAACUGGCCACAGCUGCAGUGAUGGCCACAGACUUGGUUGUGAACUUCCUGGCACCAGAGUUCCCCUAGUCAGUUACAGUAAAAUCCACCGUGUGUGGAAGGCAGAAGCCAGCGGCUGUAUCCUAAGUGUCUUCUGUAUUUCUCUUUACGCUUUGCUGCAUUCUCUGACCGUACGUUGCUUUUCUAAAUAAAUGUGUUGUGAAGCCAAAAAA